GCAGCGGACGGUGGGAUGCCCUGACUGACUGCAGGCUGACGUCACCCCGGGCGAAGUGACGAUUUCGUUCCCAUCGAAGGCCUCCCAGACCGCCGUCUCCUCCGCCGCAGCCGCGAUGCCGACGGUGAGCGUCGGCCGGGACCGUCUCUUCGCCGCCCUCGGUCGGACCUACACACAGGAGGAAUUCGAGGCGCUCUGCUUCGAGUUCGGCAUCGAGCUCGACGACGUGACGACGGAGAAGGCUAUUAUCAGGAAGGAGAAGCACCUCGAGGACGACGGCGAGGUGGACGACGAUGACGAGGUCAUCUACAAGAUAGAGGUUGCCGCCAACAGGUAUGAUUUGCUAUGUCUUGAGGGAUUAGCAAGAGCACUCCGUGUUUUCACGGGGACUGAAGCGAGUCCUGUAUUCCAAGUUUCAUCCAUCCCUCGUGGUUCAAUUCUUCAGAUGCAUGUUAAACCAGAGACUUCAAAAAUUAGACCAUACGUAGUUUGUGCUGUGCUAAGAGGGGUAACUUUUGAUGAAGCAAGAUACAACAGCUUCAUUGAUCUUCAAGACAAACUCCACCAAAAUAUCUGCCGGAAGAGAACUCUCGUUGCUAUUGGCACCCAUGAUCUGGACACUCUGCAAGGACCCUUCUCAUAUGAGGCUCUACCACCACAUGAAAUCAACUUUGUCCCAUUAAAGCAGGAGAAAAGCUUCAGAGCUGAUAAGCUGAUGGAAUUCUAUAAAUCAGACAUGAAACUGAAGAAGUUCUUGCAUAUAAUUGAAAAUUCUCCAGUGUACCCAGUUAUCUAUGAUAGCAACAGGACUGUAUUAUCAUUACCUCCUAUCAUCAAUGGUGCACAUUCAGCUAUCACCCUUGCAACAAGGAAUGUCUUUAUUGAAUGUACAGCUACUGACCUUACCAAAGCAAAUAUAGUGCUGAAUACAAUGGUUACCAUGUUCUCUGAGUAUUGUGAGACUAAAUUUGAAGCGGAACCUGUUGAAGUGGUACAUCAUGAUGGCAGGAAAACAGUUUACCCUGAUCUUUCAUGUUACAAAAUGGAUGUUUCACUAUCUGACAUUCUUGGGCCUAUUGGUAUCUCCCAGGACGAGAAACAGGUUGUCUGUCUUUUGAAUAAAAUGCAACUGCAAGCUGAAAGUCGCUCAUUGAAGGGGGAGCCUUGCAUUUCAGUGUCUGUUCCUCCAACAAGAAGUGAUAUUCUGCAUGCCCGUGAUUUGUCGGAGGAUGUUGCUAUAGCUUAUGGAUUCAACAAUGUGCCAAAAUCAAAGCCGAAGUGUAUGACAAUAGGAGGAAGGCAACCAUUAAACAGGUUCUCAGAUAAAAUUCGUGCCGAGGUUGCAAGAGCUGGUUAUAUGGAGGUGCUCACAUUUAUCUUGUCUUCACACGAAGAAAACUUUGACAUGUUAAACAGAGCAGACGACAAAAGUAAAGCAGUCAUUAUCGCAAACCCUCGCACUUCUGAAUUCGAGGUUGUUAGAACUAGUCUGAUGUCGUGUUUAUUGAAAACACUGAAACAUAAUAUAGAUCAUCCAAGACCUAUAAAGAUUUUCGAAGUUGGUGAUGUCGUGAUGCUGGACUCGUCACGUGAUGUUGGUGCCUCUAAUAAUCGCAGGCUUGCAGCUUUGUACUGCAAUAGGGUUUCUGGAUUUGAGGAAAUUAUGGGAUUGGUGGAUAGUAUUGUCAAAGUUGUCAGAGCUCCGCAUGUCAACUUUGGCAAGAAUUAUUAUGUACCUACAGAUGAACCUGAGUUCUUCCCAAAAAGACAAUGUAAAAUUGUUACAAGUGAUGGCAAGCAAGUUGGCUACUUAGGAAUUGUCCAUGCUGAGGUGCUAAGGAAAUUUGGCAUUCCGGAUCCCUGCACUUUCGUUGAGAUGGACCUUGAAGCACUGUUGUAAUGCCCGUCAACCUGAAACAAAAGAAUGCUUGAAGCUGAUACCUGCCACAUCGGUUUUGUUCAGUGAAAAUGCAUGGGGUACCAGCAUGAAGUGCAUAUUACCCAAGCUGUGGAAUGUCUCAUUGUGCUUCUCAAUUGCAUGUGAUUUUGCCAUGGGAAAGUAAGUUACAACGAUACGGCACAUACCCUGCCAAAAAUUAGUUAAGGGCUAUUUUCACUAUGUUUCCAUUGUAAGAGCUCAUUCCUAUCCAACUUUCUAUGAAAGGUAUACAUUAUAUCCUUUUUGUAAACCAUCGGGUGUCCAAAAGUUAUUUCUGCAACUCUUUGCACCUCUACUCUACAUGAGAUCAACAUGAUGUAAAGCAGCCUCAGAAUAUUAGACUUGUAAUGUCUCUUUGUUGAAACACAUUGGACAAGGUUCCCGUGAAAACCAUCUCUUGUGAUCGUGAUUGACAUUAAUUAAAAUUUGAUGUGUGUUUGCUACA